CAUGAUUUUUGCAUUUUGCUUUCAGCCUCGCUUCCUCGACACCGUCAGCAGUAGAAGCAGCUGCUUCCUCAGGAUUUAUCACGCUCCUUGCUACUUUCAAUGGAAGUUGCAUAAUGGACUGGAUAAUUAUUGUAACACUGUUCUGCUCAGCAGUAAAAGUCAGUGUUUGUUCUGUGGAUCCUGCGGCUUGGAAGUCUCUGAGUAAUGACGCUGAAGGUUUCGGCUACCAGGUGAUACAAAGACCAACCGGCUUGCUUGUUAGCGCUCCCUUUGAACAAGUUUCAUCAACUGAAAGAGGUCAGAUGUUUGACUGUUCACCCGAGGGUUGCAAAGCUAAGUCACUUUUGGUGCCAGAAAAUGCUGUAAACCUGUCCCUUGGUUUAAAUAUGAUAACUAAUCCUGAAGAUCAGAAUACCAUGAUUUGUGGUCCUAGUGUUGCUAUGGAAUGCAAACUUGUAACCUUGUACAAAGGUCUUUGCGUUGAAGUAGAUAAAAAUAACAAAUUUCAACGACAGAUGCCCGACAAACUGGAAGAUUGUGGUGAAAGUGACAUCGCAUUUCUUCUGGAUGGCUCAGGCAGUGUACUCCCGGAAAAUUUUGUAGUUGUGAAGGAUUUUGUGAAAAAAAUGAUUGUUUCUCUCAAGCAAAAAGGUACAAAGUUUGCCAUUGCUAAGUUUUCUGAUACUGACAAAUUUAAACUGGAAUAUGACUUCAACACAUUUCCCCCUUUUGGCUGGGAAGAGAAAAUUGAUGAAAUACCAUAUGUGAUGGGACAAACAUAUACAGGUGCAGCCAUCAAAUCUCUUAUGACCGAUUUGUUCACCCCUUCCGGAGGUUCCAGGAAAGAUGCAAAAAAGAUUUUGAUAGUCAUCACAGAUGGAAAGUCUUCUGACCCUGAAGACUUAAAAAAAGCCUUAAAGGAAGCUGAAAAAAAAAACAUUACUAGAUUUGCCAUUGGGGUGGGUUCACACUUUAAGGACAAAGCAGCACAGGAAGAACUUAACAACAUCGCAUCCCCCCCUCCAGAAAAUCACAUGUUUCGGGUUGACGGCUUUGAUGCUCUUGAGAAGAUGCGAAAUAACUUGGAAUUCAAAAUAUUCUCUAUUGAAGGAUCCAAAAGUGGAACAAAACUAACAUCCGAAUUAUCUCAGGAGGGGUUCAGUAUGGCUUUUGUCCCCAGGGGAGUUCAGAUGGGUACUGUUGGUGCUAACGAUUGGAGGGGGGGCUUCAGAGAGUACGACUACAUUGGUAGACUUUCAGGGUCCUAUGAGCCUAUGGAUUUGGAACAGGACAGUUACCUUGGAUACUCCAUGGUCAUUGCUAAAAACAAAAGCGAUAUCCUGACCAUUUUGGGAGCUCCGAGAAAUCGACACACAGGAGCCGUUGAUGUGGUUUUCAAAAGAAAAUUACAAAAAAGGAUCCAUCCUAAAGAGUCGCAGGUUGGGCAAUACUUCGGAGCUGUGAUUUGUGCCAUGGAUGCGAAUGGAGAUGACAUCACGGAUCUGAUUCUUAUAUCUGCUCCGAUGUACAAAGACGGCAACAGAGAAGGACGAGUUUAUGUUUGCACAUUAGCGAACAGGGAUGUUGAUUGCCAUUUUAAUACUAGGUCCUCACUAAUCAUAUUAAAAGGAGAUGCAUCUGAAAUCGGAAGGUUUGGAUCUACUCUUGCUGUUCUGCCUGACCUAAACCUUGAUGGAUUUAAAGAUCUGGCAGUCGGAGCCCCUUUGGAGAACAAUGGUGAAGGCAGCAUCUACAUAUUUCUCAGUGAAAGCGGCAAAAGUAUCAAUCCGUCUUAUUCACAGAGGAUCACUGCCUCUGAUGUGCAGCCUGGAUUGAAGUUCUUCGGCAUCUCCAUCAGCCAGCAGUCUUUCGAUCAGAAUGGGGAUGGACUGCCUGAUUUGGCGGUGGGGUCAAAGGGCACAGUUGUUUUACUCAGAUCAGCGCCUGUUGUGAUGGUAAAAGCAGAGGUUUCCUUCAGCCCAAGCGAAAUCCCGGCUCCUUCUGGAAAGUGCAACAUUCCAGUAGAGGGCACUGCCACAGUUUGCUUUACUAUGACAAAUGUCUCUGCCGUUGACACAGCUAAUGCACAGAUUAAUUACACUUUAACAUUGGAUUCCACCCGGAAACAUCCAAACAACCGGGCUUACAUUCAUGAAAAGGAACGACGAAACAACGUAUCUGGAUCAGUGGAUUUAGACCUAGUAGGAACAAAAUGUAUUGAUCUGAAUUUCUUGAUCAAGCCCUGUCCAGAAGAUGCUUUCAAUCCACUUAGGAAUGAACUCCAAUUCACUUUUGAUGGUUUGCCAUCUGAAACGAAACUUAAACCGAGUCUGGACAAAAGAAGUCAAACCACUACACAUUACCAAUUGGAGUUUGAGAGGAAUUGUGGGAAAGAUAACAAAUGUGUGGACAACCUUAAAGUGGAUUUUAACUUCAGCUCUGCGUUGGUUAAAGUGGGCAUGGAUGAACUUCUGAAUGUAACCGUAUCACUGGAGAACACAGAGGAAAACUCGUACAACACCUUUGUUACUCUCACGUAUCCAGCUGGAAUCUCCUACAGGAAGUUCUCACCCCUGAAGGGAAGAAUUGAAUGCAACUCAGCAGACAGUGAGGAUGGUGUAACUCAGGGAAUCACCAAUUGCACUAUUGACAAACCUAUUUUCAAGGACAAGGCCAGAUUUAACGUGUCCUAUGGGAUUGGAACCAACAGUCAACUAGGAAGAAGGAUUGUUGUCACAGCCAACGUCACCAGUGGGAAUUCAGAGCAUGCCACAUCAAGUGAACUCCACAAGGAGAGAGAGAUUGACGUGAAGUACAGCAUACUGGUUACAUUCGACAGCUACUCUAGCUACUGCAAUUUCACCUUUGGAAAAAAAAAUAAGCCAAAACCAUUCAACCAGUUAAUAGAGGUCACAAACAACUUCAGAGCUGUGAAUCUGACUGUUGUGCUCAAGAUUCCUGUAAAGAUUGGCCAACAAGACAUUUGGACAGACUUAGGAGAUCUGCAGAUUCCAGGCUGUAAAAGUAGGAAAAAUGAAGAGCCUGCAGUCAGUGAUUCUGUUGCACAAAUAAAAGAGCACAAGCGAGUGAACUGCUCUGUGGCCACAUGCUCGGUCUUUGAGUGUGAUGUGUUCAUGAAGAAAAUUGAUAGAAGGACUUUCAACAUCACUGCCAAUCUCAGUCCAAAGUGGAUAGAUCAGAUUGGACUUCCAGAUGCCAAAUUCCUCUUGACCAGCAUGGCCAGUCUAGAAUACGACAAAGAUGAGUUCAUCUUAUCAACACACUCUUUGGUUCCUAAGAUCGAAGCAGAAAUAGAGGUGUACUCUGAACCAAAUUUCAUCAAGGAGAUAAUUGGAGGAUCUCUGGGAGGAUUCCUUUUUCUGCUUUUGGUCACAGUCGUCUUGUAUAAGGCUGGGUUUUUCAAGAGAAAAUACACUGGAAUGACUGAGGAAACUGCAGCGCUAAAUGAUCGUGUCUUAAUAAGGUCACAAAACAGCGAUUCAACCUUGAAGUCACUCCUCUCCAUCAACACCAAAGAGGAACUGUGAUGCAACAAUGACUCAAACUAGCCCUGUCAUCACUGCAAAACAGGAAGUUUUGAAAUUGCCCGGUUAACAAGUAAAUGCAUCUGCAAAGCUUAAGGAAACUGUUCCAAAAUUACUUACUCCA